AAAUAUUAUCUGACUCGUUUUAACACAUGUUGAAAGCCAUAUUUAUUACUCUUUUUACAAGCUAAGAGCACUAGUGGAGCGAUCUAUGGGCUUCGGCAGUUUACCAACACGACAAUGGCCGAACUGUCUGCUUCAAGAUAUUUUUUAUAGGCCAAUACGACCAAACCUGCCAUGUCUUUGGUUUUAAAAAUGGCGUAUACAAGCUUUUUGUUUGCCGGUUUACGCUGUUAAAUAGUUUCUAUGACCUCGCGGUCAAUCGAGCGAGAUUGAAACGUUGUGAAUAUGAAAAUAAUAUACAUGUACAUGACAGCGUCGCAAAACAGUAGAUAAUGGAGAGUUCGGAAGACGAUGCGGGCGCCGCGACGAACGCUUCCCGCCGUGCAUCGGCGCGGGAAAAGGACCUCGGGCUCAACGAGGAGGUCGACGCGACCGUCAAUGCGUCUCGCGAAGCAUCGGGGGCCCAAACGCCGUGCGAGUCCGGAACGAUGUCGGAGGAUAACUUCGACGGUGACAGCGUCCCAUCGCCAUCAACGCACGACAACAAUGCGAGCACGGAAGCGAUUUUGGACAUGAUUGACGAAAUUUGUGACGGACCUGGUGCACCGAAACGAGUUCCAUUGUCGACUGAAUGUGACGAACCGGCUACUUCUCCACCCACGCCUGCCGCGCCGCCGGCCCCGAGCGAGCCUCCGCCGCUGGAGCUGCCCGCCACUGAACACCUAGCACAGCAUAACAUUCCUCAACUAGAGGAAACUGCUAGUACAUCACAGAACACUGAAGACCCACAAGUUGCCCCGGUGUUAUCCUCAGUCUCUAGUGCCAAAUGUGAAAGUGCACCUGAGAUCUUACCUGAAACCCCAGUAGACAACAUAUCUGAAAGUUCCGUUUCUGUAGACACUAAUACCAGUAACAUAGAACCCCAGGCUAGUUCAUCUGUGCCAGAAGUCUGUGGACCUUCAGAAACAGAUGCCUCAGAGGCACAACAUUUGAAUGUAGAGGCAGCUAGCACUUGCUUAGCUGUAAAUAUUCCUUCCAGCAGUGUAGAAACUGUACCAAGUGUUUGUGAGAUUAGUGAAUGUGAAUCAAAUGACCGGACAGUGAAGCAUGUGACUUCCAGUGAUAAUAGAGACAAUGUGACUGUUGAAAGUGUGGAGUCUACAUCAAGUGAUGUUAGUGUAAGUGAAGGGACACAGGAGUCUGCAACAAGGUCGCCUUUGCGCCGCAGACUUAUUCGGCCAACUCCAUAUGAUCGCCGUCCAGACACCACUGUCUCCUCUACUGUUGAUUCCCAAGUUAGUGAUAAUGAUGUUGGACAGACAAGCAGUGAGAGUGUAGCAAAGGAUGUGUCUAGCUCUUCAGACAUCAUCCCCCCUGUACAUGGUAAUGUAAAAGACAUUGAAAGUAGCAAUGUAAGUGAAAUUAGUGUCUGCAAAGCAGAGACAUCAACAGCUCCUAAGAAAAUCAGGUUAGUACGACAGAAAAUUACACCAUCAACAAGUCAAAGUGAAAAAUCACAAAGUCAAGCAGUUACACCUGAGAGUGAGGCUCCAUCAACUUCUUCUGCAACUGUACUAUCAACAGUAACAGCUUCAUGUUCUUCAGAAUGCAUUAGUACAACUGAUGCUACAGAUGAAAUAGAUAAAGCAGAGCCCAGUCAAGGUUGCCAAUCAGAAUCUGUUAUCGCAGAUUCCAUUGUGGAACCUAUCAAUAAAUUGACAAAAAAAACCCCUGUUGUAAGUAAAGAAAAUGAACAACCAAGCCAUUCCUCAGGGGAAUCAACACUACAGGUCUCCGAAAAUAAGGAUCUUCAUAAGAAAGUUCCUCCUAUUAAACUUAAUUUGGCUGUGUCAAAUGCUCCAGAACCAGUUGUUAAUGAUGCAAACAAACAAAUUGAAAAACAUCCCAGUCCUGGACCUGUUCAGGAUUCACCAGAGACAUCAAAGCAGAUCCCUAAACUAACUAUAAAACUAAGUGGAAAGCAACCAGAAGAUAUAAAGUCUCCCAUCCCGAAGUUGACUAUAAAACCCAUAAAGCCACCUGCUGAAGAUGAGCUAAAAAUAGAAAACACUAAAAAUAGCGAGCCAAUACCUAACAUUACAAAAAUCAAUAUUAAACCUAUUCUCAGACCACCAGAGAGGAUAAACGAUAUUCACCGAAAAUCUAGUAGUAGUGAAAUAUCAGAAUCAGAAUGUUCAGAAAAUGAUGAAACAAGCACAUCAGAUCAGGCGUCCACCUCAGAUCAAGGCCCUUCUGACAGCAUACCAAAAGUUACCAUAAAGCUUGGUAAACCGGGUACUGAUGGCGAGGGCAAAUUCUACACAGACCAAACUGUGCCUAAACUCACAAUAAAAGGUCUACACCAACCUGACCAGGAAGCCUCAGAUUCGAAACUGAAGGUCGUUGUUAGCCCAUCCGAAGAAAAAGUGGACAAGAUACCAAAAUUGACAAUAAAAACUGUGGUUAAGUCUGACAGCCAACUAAGUCCGAAGCUGACAAUAAAACCUAUAAAACCUGUAGAAAACACUGGCAAGGACAGUAUAGCUGAUCAUUCUGAUGCUAAAAUGUCUAAGAGUAAGUCAGGAGAUUGUGCUGAUACUAGUGGAGAAGUUAAAGAGACUACACAUAUCCCCAAAAUCACAAUUAAACCAGUUCUUAAAAGUGAUAUUGAGCCAUCUCUGAAAAAGUCUGUAUCAAAAUGUGACAAUCUUGAACAAAUUCCUGUAGUAACAAAAUUAAACAUCAAACCUAUUUUGAAACCUACAGAUGGAGAAGUCUCUGAAGAAAUAAAAGAUGAAGUUCCUGUAGUUUCAAAAUUAAAUAUUAAACCUAUACUAAAACCUAAAGAUAGUGAACUAGAUUCUAGUUUAGAAGAUAUCCCUAAAGUUACAAAGUUAAAUAUAAAACCAUUAAAACACCCUGAAGAAAAAUCUUCAGAACAAAAAGACUGUGAUGAAUGGAAUGCAGACAGUGAAGAAAAUAGUAUACCUGUUGUUACUAAACUUAAUAUUAAGCCCAUAGUUAAGCCACUAGAAGAAGAAAACGUGAAAGAUACUGAAAACCAGUCCUCUGAAACAGGAAAUUCAAGUGACGACAAUACUGAUAUACCUGUUGUUACUAAAUUAAAUAUAAAACCUAUAUUAAAACGUGCAGGUGAUGAAGAUAUUGCUAAACCAAAUACUUCAACAGAAACUAACAUACCUGUUGUUACUAAACUUAACAUCAAGCCUAUUAUAAAACCAGAAGAAAAUGCGCAGCCUUCAUCCCCUAAGAAGGAAAUUCCAAUAAUCACCAAAUUGAACAUCAAGCCUGUUGUUAAGCCUGAUGAAAUUGAACAAUCCAAAAGCAGAGACACUGAAGAUGCAAAUGUGAAGAAUCCUCCAUUAGUAAUGAAAAUUAAUAUGAAAACUGUUACGGAUGCAUCAAGUGAUGAAAGUUUAAAGGCUGACAUGAAAAUCAAUAAUCUAGAUGAGAAAAUUGAACAUGUUUAUAACAAUAUUAAUGAUAGCAUACCUGUUGUGUCCAAAAUUAACAUUAAACCACUUGUCAAACCCAUAGAAGAUGAACAUGUUAAAAACGAAUUGAGUAAUUGUCAUAAUGAGGACUCCAGUAUAAGUCAAGCUACAGAAAAUUGUCUGGAAGUCCCAAAGACCGAAAAGUUUAAUUCAUUGCAUAAAAAAGAAACAAUACCUGUCACUGCUGGAGAUCAUAAACCAACAAAGGAAAAUUGUCUUCCUAACGAAUCAAAGACCCUAAGUAGGGAAACUCCUCAUAGUAAUGAUUUAGAUGGAAACAGUUCAGUUGCAGUAUCUAAUAAGAAAGAACAUGUAAAUACUAAUGUAGAACCAGAAAAUAAUGAACUUACUAUAACCACACCAUCUGUCAAGCAGACAACUUUAUCCAAUUGUACAUUAUUAAAGAAGUUGUUAGAGCACAAAAAGAAAGAUGUAGAUACAAGAGUAAAAGAACCAGAAGAAUGUGACCCAACUGUGCCUGAAGAAACUAAAUUAGAUCCAGCAGGCUCAACAAGCAUUUCAAAUUGUGACCAAAUUGAUAAAGUGAACUCAAAGUCAACUCAUGAUAAAAAAAGAAGUAAUGCACCCAGCCAGGAUGUGCAAAAUGAAACACCUUCCCUCACACCAAAUGCUCAGUCACUUAAUCGUUGUAGAGCAGAAAAUGAAAGUGUUACAAAACCAUUAGAAAUCAAUACUUCAGAAAAGAUCACAACUGCAAGCUCAGGUCAAGAUUCUCCACGAAUUAUUUUGAAAAUUAAUAAGACUGAUCAUGGUCCUUCUGCGAAAAUUAUAACAGAAGACAUUAAAAAACCUGAAACUGUACAAGAUAAUUGGUCACCUGAAAAUACUCAAGAAAUGGUAAAUGACAAGCAAAGAAAAGGUAUUGUAAAUAGCAAACGAAAAGGACUAGCAGAUGCUUCACCCACAGUAGCCUUAGCCUUGGGAAAAAGAUUACGUAGUUCAAGGGUUGUUCAGGAAUCCGAAAAGUCUCCUACCACCAAGCGAAAUGCUGGAAAGAGGCCUCCUUCUGUGGAAACCAGCCCUCCACAGAAAAAGGAACCAGAACUCUCAGUAUUAGAAACAAAGCGGUUAAAACUUGGCCAGUUACUAUCCAAUAAGGCUCUGACAGUAAGCCCUGUAAAUCCUAAAUCUCAAAAUUCAACCUCUGAUCCUAAAACUGGAUUGGAUUGUAAACCAAUCACUAAAACAGUCAAUCAUUCUAUGUUAAACAAUGAAAACUGUUCUAAGAAUGGUAACUCUAAACUUCAUAAUAUUCUGUCAAAUUUACAAGCCAAGCAAAUUCAGGUCAUGCCUCUAAAUUCCCUUAACUGUGUAGAAAAAACUCAGUCUAUAGAGAUAGACUCUAGCACAUCGACUGGCAGCUCUGAUGUAACUGAAGUUGCAAAUGCAAUUGAACGAUCACAUCCGGAAGUACAGGAAAUGAUUAUUAAUGAAAAUUCUGAAUCCCACGACUUCAACAUGGCCAAUGAUGAAUUAUCUCAAGAUCCUUUAGAAGUAGAUCACUUGAAAACAAAUGAAGUAUCUAGUGCUGUAAGCAUUCCGUUUACCCCGCAACCGAAGAAGCGUGGCAGACCACGCAAAUUACCCGUGUCAGAGGGUGCAAAACCGGUUAUCACUUUACCUACCCCUGCACUAGAAGAACGUCCGCAGCGAUCUUUAAGAUUAACUAGGGAUCGUCCAGCUAUUUUAGUAAAACCUCGGGGAAGGGGAAGGGGUCGCGGCGUGAAGCGCGCACUGGCUUCGCCGCCCAAAGAACCUGAACCGAUUGUUGAAACUGCUACCAACUUUUUUAACAAAGAGGACAAAACUCCUGAAGAGAUUGACCCGACUAGCUCACGGGUGAAACUGCCGCGAAUGACCGAGGCACUGGAUAAAAUGCCAUCUGUUUGCACGACGCCUCUGAGCAGUCGAAAAAGUAGGGAUUCCUGCAGCAGUAUGGAUAUGAAAAUAUUCCCAGAAACUCAGGAGUUAAAAGUUGUAUUAGAAACGACACUGCCUAAAUUGGAAGACACGUUUAUGAAGUCUCCAGAGACGCCAGGAAGUGAGGGUCGGGGCCGAGGAGGGCGCGGGCGAGGCAGCCGCGGCGGACGAGGCCGCGGCGCUGCUAAGACCCCUCGCGGUCGUGGCCGGGGCCGAGGUGGUGGUCGCGGCGCUAUGUACAUGAAGGAGACCAUGGGUAUUUACGGACGUGUAUGUGGACCUGCUACCACGACGGUACAAUUAUUCGAAGAGGAAACUUGUAUGAUGGAUGACAAUGCUACACCUGCUAAACCCUCGCACUUGUUAGACGAAGACUCCCAGAGUUCUGUAAAAAGCUCGACAAACGAAAGUAGUAAUAAAAUGAGGAAAUCUAAGUUCGCAGACUUGUUUGACAGCAAUAAAGUUUGGACGGCUGCUGAUGUCAAAGAAUACAUGUGGCCUCCUCCUGAAAACCCAAGUGCCGAACAUCAGGUGAUGAUGAUACAAGAGCAAGUAGCGAUGUUCCUCGGUGUGAAAAGCUUCAAGCGCCGCUACCCUGAGCUUAAGCGGCGAACUGUGGGCGGCGAAGAGCGCGACUACAUCCUCCGUAAAGGCAUAGUGACUGAAGCUCUGUGCGAUCUUGGAAUCACAGCAGUGGACGCCAGCGAAGUCCUAGACAUCAUGCUGUCAGACUACCCCCACAAAUAUGAAGAAUACCGGUCGCACCAGCGCGAGCGGCAGAUCGCCGUCGCACAAGAGCCUCCAGAGAAACCUGAAGUGAGAGUCGACCGGGUGGAGAUGAAGAUCUCGGACAAGUCUUCGGAUAAACCGGAAGCGCCUAAGAUUGACCCGGAGAAGACUAGACAGGACAUGGCGGCGGCGGCGAUAGCGUCGGCCAGCGAGUGGAACACGCGGCUGAACGCGCUGCGGCGGGGCGCCUGCGCGGACCUGCAGAGCAUGACGGUGCAGCGGCGCCGCGCGCCCGCCCGCAGCCCGCGCACGCACGUGGAGCCCCCGGCCGGCUUCUACCCGCACGCGCUGCUGCCGGGCCAGUACCAGCACACCUACAGAUACUACACUCCUGACCAGUUGAGAUACUUCCCGCUGAACACGGUGGUGGCCGCGCCGCCGGCGCCGCCGUCGCCGUGCGAGUCCAGCUCGGAGUCCGAGCCCGACUGGGGCUCCAACCUAGACUCCAGCGACGACAACAGCCGCCACCAGCCGCCUAAGCGGAAGAAACUAAUGAAGGUGAAGCGGAGCAGCAGUGUGGUGGAGCCGAAAGAGGAGUCCCGCGACGAGGAGCUGUGUCGCGCCUGCCACCUGCGUGAAGAAGGCAACCGCAAGUACUCGCACGAGCGCUUCCUCGUCUGCGCCAACUGCAACUGUCGCCUACACCCGCGCUGCGUGGAGCUAUCCGCAGACACGAUUCGAAAAGUACGCGAGUACGCGUGGCAGUGCGCCGAGUGCAAGACGUGCUGCGCUUGCGCGCUGCCCGCCGACGACGACAAGAUGCUGUUCUGCGACCUGUGCGACCGCGGCUUCCACAUCUACUGCGUCGGCCUGGACCGGGUGCCCACCGGGCGAUGGCACUGCGUAGAAUGCGCGAUAUGCAAGUCGUGCGGCGCGCGGGAGCCCUCCGGGCUGGCGCCGGGGGCGCCCGCGCCCGGGGCCCCGGCGGGCGCGCCGCAGGGCUCCGUGUCGGCGCCGGGCGCCGAGUGGCACCACCAGACCCGGCGCGGCCCGGGCGGACACAAGCUCUACUCGCACUCGCUGUGCACGCCCUGCGCCAGGGCGUAUCGCAUCGGUCGCUACUGCCCGCUGUGCGAGCGCUCCUUCAUCGGCCCCAAGGGGACCAUGCAACUCGUCAUAUGUAAGCUCUGCGAUAGACAGCUGCACCAAGACUGCGUUAGGCAGACGGUGGCGGCGCUGAACGUGCUGGACUACACGUGCGGCGACUGCCGCCGCGCCGGCAUCUCGUCGCGCUCGGCGGCCGCGCGCCUGGCGCCGCGCACCAUCGCCACGCUGUUCAUGGCCAAGCGCCGCUUCAACAAGUACGCGCACCGCCAGUACCUGGCCUCCCGGGCGCGCGGGGCCGGCGGCGAGGCCGGGGCCGAGGCCGAGGCCGGGGCCGAGGCCGAGGCCGAGGCCGCGCCCGACCUCAGCUCCGACCCCGACGACCCGCUCGACGGCGCCGAGCCGCAGCCCUUCGAGGACUGACCGCGUCCGAGUGUAUAGAACUGUGUAUAGUGCCGUCUGUGUAAGACUCGUUCGCUUCGAUACGCUCGCGCGACCCCGUCGCGUAAAUCUGAUUAACGUAACGAUUAACUAGUAGGCUACGUAUGUUUAAGUUAUCGGAUAGUGAAGAGAUACUAGCUGUAUUCGGCCGGGUCGACCGACUCUUUAUUUUUCGUGAUGUUCGCGGCCGAGUGACCGGACCGCCGCCGCGGUUAUAUUAUGCCUAGUGGGUGUAGACGGAUUAAUUUAACAGAAGUUAAACAUGAAGUGGUUAGAUAGAUGUAGGUCGCAGAUAAACUAACAUGUAAACUGUACAGUAAUACUAACUUCACUAUAUUGGGUAGCUGGGCAAUCAUACUAUUUUUAAUAUUAAUAGUUUUGUUUUGAAAGUAUCCUGUAAGUCAAAAUCAUGUAUUGGACGAAUGUUUGGGUAAAGAAGCGUGGUGGUCUUCAUAAUUAUAACUUAUUUCAUGCUGCAACUGCUUGGGAGAUGCGAAGAUGUGAACCGCCAAUCCGUUUCUGUACACAAGCACCGUUUUCGGUCAGAGAAUUGUUAUGUUGGAGAGAAGAUUCACGAGUGCUGCUGUUUCGUGUGCUACUCUGCAGCGGCGCCACCCUAAUUAAAAUUAAUAAAUUAUAUGAUGAAAUGAUGUACCUAAAACGUACAUCAUGUACCUAUAAUGUUUAUGGCUGUACCUGUACUAGGGAGCGAAAUAAUGGGCAUAGAAAGUGGCGCCGCUGGGGAGCAUACUCUGUAGCGGCGCCACUUAGUACACAUAGAUAUAAAUGAUAUUAGCUAUUUUUUUUCUUAUGUAAAUUGAUGUACUGCUGUUUAUUACCUACCUAUUGAAAAUAAUCAUUAAAUUCAUUAAUUAAUGUUUUUAUUUACUUUCUUUAAUUCCGUGAGCGUCAGGAUGGCGGGUGGACCUGAGCGAAUUUCAACGAAAUAUUUAUAAACACCACGUCCACCUGGUGGACAUAUUAUUGGACGUAACUUAUUUUGGGAAGAGAUGCAGCUAUUUUUAUAAAAUACGUCCACCAUUUUGUAGUACUUUUUUGUUAAAUAUCUCGUUUUAGGGAGAGGUACACUGGUUUCUGUUAAAGGUACACUGAAGUACACAGAAGAUACAAUAUGUUUGUAAAUAUUUUGUUGAAAUUCGCUCAAGUUCACCCGCCAUUCUGACGCUCACGGAACGCGGAAUUAAUGAAAGUAAAUAAAACCACUAAAUGAUUUUAAUGAUUAUUUUCAAUACGUACGUAAUAAACAGCAGCAGUACAUGAAUUUACAUAAGAAAAAAAUAGCUUAUAUCAUUUAUAUAUAUAUGUGUACUAAGUGGCGCCGCUACAGAGUAUGCUCCCCAGCGGCGCCACUUUCAAUGCGCAUUAUUUCGCUCCCUAGUACAGGUACAGCCAUAAACAUUAUAGGUACAUGAUGUACGUUUUAGGUACAUCAUUUCAUCAUAUAAUUUAUAAAUUUUCAUUAGGGUGGCGCCGCUGCAGAGUAGCACACGCUGUUUCGUUAUGAUUAUUACGAAUUUGUUUAUAACUAGUGUAGCACUAACAUGAUAAUUUUGUAUGAGCUAUAUUUGCAUAAAAUUGACAAUUAGGUUGUAUUCUCUACGAUUGUUUUUUUACUUGGAUAUAAUAAAAAAAUAUGAUAGAAACGUCUGCCUUUUGAUGCAUUUGAGUUAUGUUUCUAUGAAUUGUUUUCCCCUUUUGUUUUCGAAUAUCGGCUGAACGCUGUGAAAGAAAUGAUCUAAUCAAGACAGUCCGCAUUUUAUGUUUUGAGAUAGAUUAACUUAGUUAUUGUUAAUUCUCCUUUGUAAGGUAUUUAUUUUAGUUUUAUAUGGAUACAACUGUAUACAAUCUUGUGUCCUCUGUAUUUGAGAUAUUUAAAAUAUAUUACAAAAGUGAGAUAUGCCCGGAAUCAUUGGAUGCCGGUAGGAGUCCAGUGAAAGCUUAUAUACUUAUGAAAUAUUGAAUAUGAUGGAGGGCGAGUUCCCCCUAUAUUACGCAGAAUCAUUCAAUUAAUUAAGGUAUUGUUGAUUAAAAGCACUAAAUAGUUAAAAUAAGAUUUUGUUUCUGUAGUUUAAUUACUCGAAUGAAAUUCAGCAGCUUUCCAAUGUCAUUUUCUUCUAUACUUAAUUUCAAAGUACAAAACCAUUAGGCUAUUUUGUGUUCUAAUUUACUCAUCGUUCUGGAAAGUUUAUGAACCCAAUUUUUUAUAUAGAUUAUUAAUAGAAAGAUCAAAUAAAUUAUUUAAACUCAGAGUAUAUGUUUAUUUUCAUUACGAAGAAAAUUAUUUAUUGUACGGUGUUAUAAAGAUAGUAUUAAAUAAAAUAUAGCCGAAUUGGGUGGUAUCCGUUUCCAGAGCGAGCUCGAGCUCGAAGAUGAUGCAUUGUGUGCCGCCGCUCCUCGUAGUCCGCGCCUUAUACGUAACGCUCGCUGUACUGACGAUUCUGCGCUGUCGUGUUUUAACCACUGCUGUGUGCAAUUGUCCCUAUGUUGUGUAUUAUACUUGUAUUAGAAUUCUGUAAGUGCAGUAUCAGUAACAUUCAUCAAACCGAUGACCUCUAAUGUAUCAUGUUUAGUUUAUAGUUAUCCUUCGGUUAUUAUUAAUCAUAGUUUACUUAGUAACAAUUUUUAAGACAAAAUUUAUGUCCCCAGAUUUAUUUCAACGAAUCAUGUUAUGACUUUUUAUAUUAAAUAUAUACUGGUUUGGGUGGGCCCAUGUGUCACACCUCUGAUUCGUAUUGCUUUAUUGACGCAGGUGAAUUAAGACUUACUUCUAAGAGAAUAUUGAUAACUUUAUGUCUACUUAAUGCAAGUGUAAACGUUCUAGAAAUCUCGCACUGUUCGGUCAAUUUUGUAAAAAAAUAAAAUAAAUUUAAUUUGA